AUGGCCUCAACCCAGUCAGCCGUGUUGAGGUUCAGCCUGGACGAGAUCAUCGGGAUAUCACUGUCUGAGAUCGAGGGCGCCGCUGGAGAGCUUUCGAGUAGCAACGACACCCCCCGAACAUGCCUACGCUGCGGGACGCAGUCCACACCAAAGUGGCGGAGAGGCGGAAGCCUCUGCAAUGCUUGCGGGCUGCGAGACAACAACUGGCGGCGCACGAGGCGAAUCGCGCUCGAAACCUCCGAGUCGCGGCUGGAAAAUAUCGCCUACUGCUGUGGAUACCAGCGCCGAGCCUCCCUGCCGCACGCCCUCCCUGGCCUCAGCGGCAGGCUGCUCAUCGAGCGCUGCAGCGGAUGCUGUGAGCGGGCCAGCGCCGUCGCUGCUGACUUCACCAACUAUGCCGUGUGGUGGGGCUCUCCUGCCGACAUUGGUCUUGGCAUCGAGCACGCUGUGGUUGGCAACAGGCUGAAGGACCCGUAA